AUUGUGCUCGUCGAUGGCUUCUUAAAAAUCGAUAUCUAAACUUUCUUAAGAAUCUAUAAUUUUAGUAAUAGGUUAUCGUUUUAGUUAGGUUAACUUAUUUGACAAGAGGAGUUUUAUCAACUGAUUUACAAUGAGAGGAAGAGGUAGAGGUCGUGGAAGAGGUACCAGAGGUAGAAGAGGUGGAACUGGAAUAGGCCGAACAAGGCCAAAAAAGAAGGUAAUAGAAAGUGAUGAAGAUGAAAGUCAGAUGGAACUUAUGAUAGAGCAUCACGAUGAAAAUUUUCCUCCUGCCAAAAUUGAUAUGGAAGCAGAUAUAUCGCAGUUAGAAGCUCCGACUUUUACAACGCUGAACAGGGGUCCUCCAGAGCCAAUGCUGAGACUACGAUGGGAUCAUAGAGUAUCGCUGAUUGGGGAAAAGGUUCUUAAUCCAAUGAUUCACUGUUGUGACAAGUGCCUGAAGCCAAUACUCAUUUAUGGACGGAUGAUACCUUGUAAGCAUGUAUUCUGUCUUCAAUGUGGAAGGGAGGAAGAAAAGGCUUGCCCGAGGUGCUUGGAACCAGUGACUAGGGUAGAACAAACAGGGUUAGGAACUGUUUUCAUGUGUACACAUGGUGGCACACGGUAUGGACAUUCAGGUUGUCGGAGAACUUACCUUUCUCAGAGGGAUCUCCAGGCCCAUAUAAAUCAUAGACAUACAUCUGGGGCUGAUGACGCUGCUCCUGGGAGUAAAGUGGCCACUAUUGUUACUCCCCAAGAACCAAGACCUCGAAAAAUACCCCAAACAACUUCGCAAAAUGAUCCCCGGGGAGAAACAUCUUCAAUGCCAUAUAGAAAUCAAACUCAAAGGUCUAAUUUGAUUACCGUACCAAUCCAAGAAGACCAGAGCACUACUGCACCUCCUCAGCCUCCUCAAAUGUCUCAUUACCAUCAGAGUGGACCAAGCACUGGAACUGCAUAUGCUGCAGCUGCGACACCAACGACUGGCUAUUACACGAAUCCCCCUCCUCCUGGCUACUAUCCACCGCCCUAUACCACACCCCCUCCACCUCCCCAAUACCAGGAUCCCACUGCAUCUUAUUGGCCUCAUCCACCACCGCCUAUCCACCAAUUCUAUAGGUAGUAUUAAGUACCUAAUUAAGUACUAGUACCAGGUUAAUUAAGUACUAGUUACCUAUUAAGUACCAGGCUAAUGGUACCUACUUAAACUAAUUUGGAAUUGAUUCCUCUCUCUUUGAAGUCGAGAAUAGCUCUGGUUAUUGAUACCGAAUCACUUUUCAAAAAGUGUAUUGGUUUAUCAAACAUUAAUUAUAGAAGUUGUAGUUCGACUGUACAACUUUUCAUUAACAUUUUAACAUGUAGAUUUUAAUUCAUCUAC